CUUUCGCUCCCGGAGGAACAGAAUGAAGUAACAAGGAACGGCUGUGAAUCCAAGGAGCUGGUCUACCUUGUGCAGAUCUCUUGUCAGGGGAGGAGCUGGAUUGUGAAGCGGAGUUAUGAAGAUUUCAGAGUACUUGAUAAACAUCUUCACCUAUGUAUUUAUGACCGACGUUUCUCCCAGCUGUCAGAGCUACCCCGCUCCGAUGCCCUGAAGGACAGUCCAGAGCUUGUCACCCAGAUGCUGAUGGCUUACCUGUCACGCCUCUCAGCCAUCGCGGGCAACAAGAUAAACUGUGGGCCAGCCCUCACAUGGAUGGAGAUUGAUAACAAGGGGAAUCACCUGCUAGUCCAUGAGGAAUCAUCCAUUAAUGUCCCUGCUAUCGCUGCUGCCCACGUUAUUAAGAGAUAUAUUGCUCAGGCAGCAGAUGAACUGUCUUUUGAGGUGGGAGACAUUGUAUCUGUUAUUGAUAUGCCUCCAAAGGAACUGACCACAUGGUGGAGAGGCAAACAUGGAUUUCAGGUUGGAUUUUUUCCCAGUGAAUGUGUUGAACUGAUUAAUGACAAAGUUCCUCAAUCUGUGACCAACUCUGUGCCAAAACCAGUGUCAAAAAAACACGGCAAGCUUAUCACCUUCCUUCGUACAUUCAUGAAGUCGCGCCCAACGAAACAGAAGCUGAAGCAGCGGGGGAUCCUGAAGGAAAGGGUGUUCGGGUGUGAUUUGGGAGAGCAUCUUCUCAACUCCGGCCACGAUGUCCCCCAGGUCCUCAAGAGCUGCACUGAAUUCAUCGAGAAGCAUGGCAUUGUGGAUGGAAUAUAUCGUCUGUCCGGGAUCGCAUCCAACAUCCAGAAACUACGCCACGAGUUUGAUUCUGAGCAGAUUCCCGACUUAACGAAGGAUAUUUACAUCCAAGAUAUCCACUGCGUGGGCUCCCUCUGCAAGCUGUACUUCCGGGAACUGCCAAACCCUCUGCUUACGUAUCAGCUCUAUGAAAAGUUCUCGGAUGCUGUUUCUGCUGCUACGGAUGAAGAGCGUUUGGUUAAAAUUCACGAUGUCAUUCAGCAGCUGCCCCCUCCUCACUACAGGACACUAGAGUUCCUAAUGAGACACUUAGCUCGUCUAGCUGAUUACUGCUCCAUCACAAAUAUGCACACCAAGAAUUUAGCAAUUGUCUGGGCUCCAAACCUCCUGAGAUCAAAGCAGAUAGAGUCAGCCUGCUUCAGCGGAACAGCUGCCUUCAUGGAAGUGAGAAUCCAGUCGGUAGUUGUGGAAUUCAUCUUGAAUCAUGUAGACGUCCUCUUCAGUUCCAAACUCAGCUCAGUCAUACGAGAUGGAGCAGGGCACAGUUCUUUGUCACGGCCCAAGUCUCUGCUGGUAUCCUCUCCGUCCACAAAGCUGCUCACCCUGGAGGAGGCACAGGCACGGACGCAAGCCCAGAUCAACUCUCCCAUCGUGGCAGACAGUAAAUACAUUGAAGUGGGAGAAGGCCCUGCAGCUUUACAGGGGAAAUUCCACACAGUCAUAGACUUUCCAUCUGAAAGAAAAAGACCGCCCAAUAAGAUGAAGAAAUCGCCAGUUGGCAGCUGGCGUUCCUUCUUCAACCUAGGAAAGUCAUCCUCUGUGUCCAAACGCAAACUACAGCGCAACCCCAGCGAACCCUCAGAAAUGAAAGCCAUAGCCCUGGCAGGUGGAAGAGGAGACAGCGGGACUCUUCGCUCAGCUAAAAGUGAAGAAUCCCUUACCUCUCUGCAUGCUGUCGACGGAGAAUCUAAAUUGUUUCGACCCCGGAGACCCAGAUCCAGCAGCGACGCAUUGUCCGCUUCCUUCAACGGAGAGCUUCUAGGAAACAUGAAUCGCUGCAAUUCUUACGACAACCUUCCCCACGAUGACAGUGAUGGGGACGAAGGGCUAAUCCACGUUCCUGCCCUUAUUUCUCCUCGAUCUGCUGAAGACGUUGACCUGAGCCCACCGGAUAUCGGAGUCGCUAGCUUGGAUUUCGACCCGAUGUCUUUUCAGUGCAGCCCGCCCCAAGCCGAGUCGGAGUGCCUGGAUAGCAGUACCUCCCUACUGGAGUCAGUUGGCAUCAAUAAGGAGAAGCCGAGCCUAAUUAAGAGGGAUUUAGAAUCAGGCAGCCAGUCUCAGACACCAGGCAGUGCCACGAGCUCUGAGCCAGUAUCCCCAUUCCAAGAGAAGGUGAGUCCCUUCUUCACUCUGGACCUGAGCCCCACUGAAGAGAAGGCCUCCAAACCCCACGCUUUCUCACCUAAGAUGGGGCGAAAGCCCAUCAGAUCUCCACCGCUGACUGCUUCAGAACCCAUCUCCUUUGCGCUGCCCAGCCGCAUGUCAGAAGCCCUUGGAGGAGCGCCCAUCACAUCCAGAAACUCCUCUGCUUCCAACUGGAGCAAAGGGAUUGGCAUCAGUGAGAUCACUAACAGGUCCCCAACCCAGAUGUCCUUGCCCCUGAAAAGCAGUGAAACGGGAGCAGGGGAAGGAGCCCACCAAGAGCUACAGCAUGCCCAGCUAGUGGCUGCUGGCAAACCAGAGUUGCAAGAAGAAGGGGAGAGACCAAUGUCAAGCAGUCAGAAUAAGACUGUACCCACUGGACACACACAGCCAGGAGCAGUUGCCCUCGACUCCCCCCAGGAUCCUGUUCCCGUCAGUUCUGUGUCUCUUAUCCCUCCUCCUCCUCCGAAAAACGCAGCGCGCAUGCUAGCCCUAGCGUUAGCCGAGUCCGCACAGCAAGCGUCCGCUCAGUCUCAGAAAAGGCCAGGAGAUGCUCAUUCUGAAAGCACAAAUUACGGAGAGGCUGAAGCUGGUACAGCUCUAGAAAAGCUCCAUCUCAGUGCUGGUGCACCAGACAAGCUCCACCUGUAUUCUGGUCUGCCUGAGAACCGACUUCACUUCCAGACUGGUGCACCAGUAGAGCAGGAUUUUCAAGGUAGCAGCACACCAGGGGAGCAGAACCACCUGCCAGGUGCACCUGGAAGCCGGGACCCCCCACCUCUCCACACUGGCAUGCCUGGGGACAUGCCUGCUAGCAGAGAUGCAGAGCAGGAGCAAUCCAACUUCCAUCCUGGUAAAGUGGGGGACAAAGAUCACUUCCCCUCCCACGCCGGGGACUGGGACCACACACACCACCACCCAGGUGCACUGCCUGACUGGGAACCACCCACAGCAGACUUGUCUGUAGAUAAGCCCCAUCUCCGCACAUGCAUGUCUGUGGACAAGCACCAUGUUCCUGUCUGCACAGCUGAGGACAAACUUCAGUCUCCUCCUGUUGUAACUGCUGGGGAGAAAACCGCCCUGGCCUCAAUGCUGUAUCUAACAACCAUCCAGACGACAGCGACCGAGCCUAGCCAUGGGGCAGCGGGUCCACACCCCGCUGCUCCAUCCACAACUGUGGCAGAUGUCACUGUUACAGCUGCUCCACGCACACUCACGGCCAGCCAGCCCGCCCCAUCGCAGAGGCAAGAUCAGUCUGCAACGGGACAAGUGCCAGCUGCCGCUGCAAAAGCAUCGAGUAGUUGCAGUCAGGUACGAGGUGCAACAGCACCUGAAAAGCCACCUGAGCCUGCUCCUGUUUUCAUCUCAGAAAGCAAUUCUACUAUCUGCAGCUCCUCAUCCGUGCCCGCAGGCCACCAGAGCCAUUUGGAAAAGCCUCGGGAGACUACGAGGGCUCCUCCGUUGCACCUGCGGUCUGAGUCAGUCCCCUCUCACUCCUCCUACAGCUUUACACCCCCCAUCCCGCCUGUGAGAACGCUGGAGAGCAAAAUUGCUGCUGCCAUGCACUCGAACAACGCGGACGCCAUCAAUAACUCCAAUUAUCACGCCUUCCUGGCUUCCUCCAUGCUGGCCUCCUCAGUGGAGGAAGCUUUGAUGCCGCCUCCACCACCUCCCCCACCCAAGCACGCUUCCCUGCAGUCCGUGUACGUGCCACAUCCCAAGCCAGAGAGUGUUCCCGAGUCCUCCGGGCCAGACAGCUACCUGCACCACAAGCCAGCUUCCACCCACCAGUACAGGCCGGAGAGCGUUCCUCCUCACAUCUCCUACCACAGCAAGCCCGACCAGCACCAAGCCUACCCUCCCAGGUCAGAGACACCCACGUCUAUGGGCGCUCGCUACAGCACCUACACGACCCAGGGGAAGAGCACUGCAACGCUCCACUCCAAACCUCGCAGCCGGACGGAGUUCGUGUCCUCCGUGAGCCCGACCGGCCUGCGUAACGCCGGCUACGCGGAGGAUGCUCCGCCCUACCCCACCAUCCGAAGGGUUCAGUCGCUGCACGUGCCCACACCCGCUGCCUCCGCUAUCCGCUCCGUCCCCAUUUCACGGACUGAGGUGCCUCCGGACGACGAGCCAGUGUACUGCCCGCGGCCCCUCUAUCAGUACAAGCCAUAUCAGCCCCAUUCCGACUACCACGUAACUCAGCUGCAGCCUUACUUUGAGAACGGGCGGGUACAUUACCGCUACAGUCCUUACUCCAGCUCUUCCAGUUCCUCCUACUACACCGCUGCUGACGGGAGCUUUUACGACCUGGACCCCUACAGCACCGUGCGGGCCAGGCCGUUCCACCCGCUGCCCAGCCGAGACUUUGCAUCCUACGCCUCGCGGCUUCAGAGCAAAAGCCUGUACCGCUAUCCUGGCUCGUCCGCCUACCCGCGGGGCGGCCUCAUCAGCCACCUGACAGGCAAAGAGCACAGCUUUAUCAGCAGAGACGUGCCUCCUGCCCCAGACAUCAAACACACGUACAUGUCGUGGGACCUGGAGGACAUGGAGAAGUACCGCAUGCAGUCUAUUCGCCGGGAGAGCCGCACGCGCCAGAAGGUCAAAGGGCCCGUGAUGUCCCAGUACGAUAACGUGGCCCCUCUGCUGCAGGAGGAACUGGGAGGGCUGGAUGUCAUUCACUUGCGCAGCAAGUCAGAUCCUGGGAAAACUGGCCUCCUCACUGUGGCAGAAGGGAAAGAGGGGAGGUACCCGGCGAAAGCAGCUACGCCCGAGGGGGACGAACGUUACUACGUGCAGCACGCCGAGCCAGAGCUAGACAGAGCCCACUACCACGGGGCCUACGGGAACGGGCAGUCAGAGAAGCCGUCCCUCCCCCAGAAGCAGAGCAGCAUCCGCAACAGGAAGCUGCACGAGCCGGGCUGCAACCCAAACGAACACAGGACGCACUUGCAGCAGGAAGCGAGCCACAGGCAGCCUUCCGAACCCAAGAACGGGCCCCCUUAUCCCGACUACAGGCCCAAAGGUGGUCCGGAGCCCUCCGAGCCCAUCGGUUACCAGCACUCGGGCGGGAAGUACAUCCCGGCAAACCAGGAAACCCUGAGACUGAAUCACAAGGAGGUGAGGGUAGCGGAGGACAGGCCGGAUUUGGAAAGGCCUCGAGCCAGGCCCACCGCUUCCAUGGAGAAGCACUCCAGAGACUGCUACAAAGAAGAGGAGCACAUCACGUCCCCCAUGGCACCACCGCCCAAGCCCGAACGGAGCCACAGCCUCAGAAUGCAGCACCCCGAACCGCUGGAGAGGGACUCGGCCCUCCUCUACCCAUACCAAACCCUCGGGAAACGCCAAAGCACGAUGACUGUGGUGUCCCAGUACGAUAAUUUGGAGGAUUACCAUACCAUGCCUCAGCACCAAAGAGGGGGCUAUGCUGGAGGAGGAGGGGGGUUUGUGCCCCCCGGGUUUUCCCACGUGCACAGUAGAACUUACGCCACGGCCCUGGGCCAGGGGGCCUUCCUCCCAGCGGAGCUGUGUUUGCAGAGGCCGGAAACGGAGGUCCACGUCGAGUGA